UUGGUUCUCUCUAUUACAUCUCAGCAAAACUGAACUUCAUCUUCUCCACCUUCAUCUCUAACUUCUCAUGCCACCCACCAAGCUUUUCUUUUCUUUUUUUGCGUUUUGAGCAUAUGGGUUUUUCUUCUUCCCGAAAAUCUUGAACUGGGUUAAUGGAGAUUUGAUCUGGUGUAAAAGUUUUCAUGGUGUUUUUUCUUUGUUUCAUGGCAGAUAUGUACAAGAAUCAACUGCAGGAACUUGCACAGAGAAGCUGUUUCAAUCUCCCUUCUUAUGCUUGCAUAAGAGAAGGACCUGAUCAUGCACCGAGAUUCAAAGCUUCUGUGAAUUUCAAUGGCGAGAUCUUCGAAAGUCCAAGUUAUUGCACUACACUGAGACAAGCUGAGCAUUCUGCUGCUGAAGUUGCUCUCAAUGUCUUGUCAUCCAGAGGCCCUUCUAGGUUUCUCACUGCAAGAGUUCUUGAUGAGACUGGAAUCUAUAAGAACCUUCUUCAAGAAACUGCACAUAGAGCUGGGUUGGAUCUUCCAGUUUAUACCACUGUAAGAUCAGGUCCUGGUCAUGUCCCAGUUUUUACCAGUACAGUGGAGCUUGCUGGUAUGAGCUUCAAUGGAGAAUCAGCCAAGACAAAGAAGCAAGCGGAGAAGAAUGCUGCAAUUGCAGCCUGGUCUGCCUUGAAAAAAAUGCCAAAUUUGGAUUCAUUAACAAAUAAAGAAGUUGCUGAAGAACAGGAUCAAGCGGUUGUGGCAAAAGUGCUUUCAAGUUUUAAGCCAAAAGUUGAAAGCAGACAAGUUAAAAGAAGGGAUAAUGUUCAAGCCAAAAGAAGAUUAAUCAGAAGCUCUGCAACUUCUUCUUCUUCUUCCUCCAGCUCCUCUAUUUCUACUUAUUCUUCUUCUUCUCCCCUGCCAUAUCAGAAAAGGAGCUUACUGGAUCUUUUAAUGAACUCAUCUCUUGAUUUGUCAACACAAAAACGGCACAGUUUUGUCUCUCUUCUUCCUCCACCUCCACCUCCCACCACAUCCAAGAUUCUCCCACCACCAAAUUCAUCUACUUACCCAUUAGCAAACAGGCUUGCACCAUUACUCCAAGCUCAGGUUAAAUCAUCACAAGUUCAGAAAACCUUCCAUGAAAAUUCAGCUUCGGUCCUGGAAGAGCAUCAGAGAGAUGAGGAAGAAUGGCUCAGUUUAUCAUCACCAUCAUCAUCAUCAACAAGUUCUAUGUACCGGUCAUGUUCUUGGUCUGAAAAGAUUACUACCCAGAAUGAGUUAAGAAAAACCCAGAUUGGAAAUAGAGUUUUUGGGCCUGCAAAUCAUGAUUCUCCAACUGGGUUAACCGCCCUGAAAGUAGCUUCAGCUAUCCAUGUGGAGAAGAUGAAGAAAAUGUACACAGGAGGAGGUUUCAUUAAUAUUGCUCCAGCAGUUCAAAUCAGAUCAGUAAUCCCAGUCUGUGCAGCACCGCCACAAUCGACGAGACCAAAUCCGCCAUUAAAGCAGAGCUCAACAGCAACCAUAACAGUUCCUCCACCACCGCCCCCACCACCACCUCCUUCAACAGAAGCAGGAGAUCAUGAUCAAGAUCAAGUCCGUGUCUCAGCAUUGAUCAGAAAGCUUCAACUUUCGUAAAAUAAUUCAAGAAUUCCAAUCAAAACUCAAAAACCCAUGUCUACUAUCUGAUUUCCAAGCUUCAUUUUAGUUUUAAUUGCUUCAUGGGUUGUCACCAAAACCUCUGCUUCCGAGGCGGAAUUUUGUAAAAUGAGAUGUUAAAAUUCCAAAACCAUUAAAAAAUUAUAUAAAUUUCCCUCCAUUAAUGCCAUAAAUUUACUGCAGAGAGAGAGAGAAGAGAGAAUUAAAUGGGAU